CUCACCAUGGCCUAUGCACUCCGUCCUACUUCCCUAGCUAGCUCUAGCUACAUAAAGCCCUCCCCCCAUCCCCCCUCUUCCUCCUCCGCCGCCGCCUCGUCCCUGUCUGUAGUUUGUGGUUGUAGUCGGUCCAGUCUGCAGUCUACCUACCUAGUCUGCUGCUCCGUGACUCCCGGACAGACACAUACAGCUCAGAUAGCUAUCUAUCUAGCUCGCUAGCUAGCCAGCUAGCCCAGACAGAUCAAGAUGCGUCCCUUCUCACCUCUCCGUCUCGCUGCCGCCGCCCUCGCCGUCUCCUCAUGGGCUUCCCUCGUCCAGGCCGCGCGUGGCCCUCGCAUGGUCCCGAAGCCUGUCUCUCGCCCUGAGGGUAGUGCCGAUGCUGCUACCACCGGCCAGACUUACUUUCAGCAGUUGCUGGAUCAUGCUGAUCCUAGCAAGGGGACGUUCGCGCAGAGGUAUUGGUGGAGUACGGAGUAUUGGGGUGGGCCGGGGUCGCCGGUGGUGCUCUUCACCCCCGGCGAAGUCUCCGCCGAUGGCUACGAGGGAUACCUCACCAAUGAGACCUUGACUGGUGUCUAUGCGCAGGAGAUCCAGGGUGCGGUGAUUUUGAUUGAGCACCGCUACUGGGGCGACUCCUCCCCCUACGAGAACCUCACCGCCGAAACCCUCCAGUAUCUCACCCUCGAGCAGGCCGUCCUGGACAUGACCUACUUCGCCGAGACGGCUCAGCUGAGCUUCGACAAUAGCAGUCGCAGUAACGCUAAGGAUGCUCCUUGGGUCCUGGUCGGCGGCUCCUACAGUGGUGCCCUAACCGCCUGGGUGGAGGAUCUCGCCCCGGGCACUUUCUGGGCGUAUCACGCUACUAGUGCCCCUGUGGAGUCGAUUUAUGAUUUUUGGCAAUACUUCUACCCCAUCCAGCAAGGAAUGGCCCAGAACUGCAGCAAGGAUGUCUCCCUUGUCGCGGAGUACGUCGACAAGGUCGGGAAGACGGGCACGGUGGCCGAGCAGCAGGCGCUGAAGGAGCUGUUUGGCGUGGGCAAGUUGAAGCAUUAUGAUGAUUUUGCUGCUAUCCUCCCCAUUGGACCCUAUCUCUGGCAGGACAAUGAUUUCGCGACGGGAUACUCGGAUUUCUUUGUUUUUUGUGAUGCGGUUGAGGGCGUCGAAGCCGGUGCCGCCGUAACGCCCGGCCCCGAAGGCGUCGGUCUCGAGAAGGCUCUGGCGGGCUACGCCAACUGGUUCAACGCGACUAUACUGCCUGACUACUGCGCCAGCUACGGCUACUGGUCCGACGAAUGGAGCGUCGCCUGCUUCGACACCUACAACCCCUCCAGCCCUAUCUUCACGGACACUUCGGUUGGCAACGCCAUCGAUCGUCAGUGGGAGUGGCUGCUCUGUAAUGAGCCUUUCUUUUGGUGGCAGGAUGGCGCCCCCGAAAACACCAGCACCAUCGUCCCCCGGCUCGUCAGCGCCGAGUACUGGCAGCGCCAAUGCGGCCUGUACUUCCCCGAAGUGAACGGCUACACGUUCGGCAGCGCGGUGGGCAAGUCCGCCGACACGUUCAACAAGUGGACUGGCGGGUGGGAUAUGACCCGUAACACGACCCGGUUGAUUUGGACGAAUGGACAAUACGACCCCUGGAGAGACGCCACCGUCUCGUCAACCUUCCGUCCCACCGGCCCCCUGGUCAGCACCCCCCGCGAACCCGUGCAGGUCAUCCCCGGCGCCUUCCACUGCUCCGACCUCUACAUGGCCGAUUACUAUGCCAAUGCGGGUGUGAGGCGCGUCGUGGAUAAUGAGGUCAGGCAGAUUAAGGAGUGGGUUGGGGAGUGGUAUGCUUGACUAGGAUGAGUUGAGUUGAGCUGCUUAUGAUUGC